UACGCGAUAGAAACACCAUUUAGUGACAGAGCCGUAUCCACUUUUCCAUCUUCGUUGGCCCAAGUAGAUAUUAACACUGAUUCUGUGAUGCAACUUCUUCUUCAGUUAGAUCCUUAUAGCUCACCCGGCCCUGAUGGAUUGCAUCCUUUGUUCGUCAGGACUGUGGCGGAGUACGUAGCUUCACUCAUAUGUCAAGUCUUUUGUCGCUCACUAGAAGCUGGCCGUCUUCCUUCAGCUUGGAAGUGGGUAUCGUCAAACCCAUUUACAAAGGAGGAAGUCGACAUGAUCCGGCCAAUUAUCGUCCAAUCUAUUUGACGUCAAUAGUGUGUAAAUUUAUGGAGCGGAUCCUAAAACAAGCUGUUACUCUUCAUCUUGGGGGACAGAAUGUCAUUUCUUAUGCCCAGCAUGGGUUCAGAAAAGCACACUCCUGUACCUCGAACUUGCUCGUUGCUAAGGAGACCUGGGCAAGGACGCUAGACUCCGGCAAAAACUUGGACGUUGUGUUUGUUGACUUCAGCAAAGCUUUUGACAAAGUCCCGCACGAAGGGCUCCUGUUUAAGCUCCAAGGAAUCGGUAUUUCUGGGAGCCUCCUGUCUUGGAUCUCCGACUUCCUAAACGACCGCUCUAUGCAAGUGACGGUGAAUGACACAUUUUCUGCUCCUGUGCUCAUGACGAGCGGGGUCCCACAGGGCUCUGUCCUCGGUCCCGCACUUUUCACUAUCUUCAUCAACGACUUACCAUCCAUACUUCAGACGGAUUGCCUAAUCUACGCUGACGACCUAAAGCUAUGGAUGGAAGUAUCCAGCCUUGAAGACGCCGACCGAUUACAAACUACGCUCGAUCUACUCCAUGACUGGUCGAUUAACUGGCAGUUGUGUAGUGCCCUGACGAAUGCUACACAAGAAAUCCGUAGCACAAUAAGACAGAAGACGGCGGGAUAUAAAGAUUGUCUUGAGAAAACAGCACAGUACAAUAGCUAUGUAAAUAUA